UAUUCCCCCUCUUCUUUCCGCAGUAUAGCUUUUAUUGUUUUCAUUUAAAAACGCAUCAGGAGUAUGCUUCCUGRUCUUCCUUUACUAAGUGAUGCAGGCUCGUCCUGCAAAUGUAGUUAGAAUCUAGUUUCUUAGUAAUAAAUAAGAACAAACUAUUAAAAUAAGUUUCCAACCAAGAGUUUAUACUGGAUUGUCAGUAGCAGAAACCAUUUUGCCACAGGCUCAGUGCUUACCAUAAAUCUAGGAGUGGAUGUUGACUUAACAGYAAUUGACAGAUGGAUGCGAGGAUACGAUCCUGUCAAGGAAAUGAGCGCAUUUUGAUGUCUAAUUAGAGUUCAGUGAUGUUUUUUUAGACUUCUGUUCUUCAGCUGUUAGAUGUUAUCUUCUUUUCAGGGAAGUGGAUGCUAUUACUAAUUGUUUCUGAAAGUGAAAUCAAACACCUCCAAAUCGAUAUAUACGAGUUUCUGGUUGAAUUGAUAUCCUGUCCACAUAGUUAAGACUUGUAUUGACUAUUCAGGCUCUCAAUUGUUCCUCUCUGCAAUAGUUUAUAGAUCUUGCCAAGUUAGAUGGAACAUACGAGAUACUAUCAAAAGCAACCUGCUUUGUCUCAUUUCUUUAGAAUGUAGAAAACAACGGGGUUACCAGUCACCUUGAAGUCAAAGUAGAAGCAUAAGACCUUAAUUAUUUGUAAUAGUGAAUUUCAAGCAGUAUAGCAAUUUAGCUUUUACCACACUCUCUGGAUCAAAAAAAUAUUAGAAGGCUUUCUGCUUUUAUUUUGUAGUUUAUAAAAGACUAAAAGAGUCAAAUGUUUUUGUACAUGAGGGUUUUGAUACUCUGUGUUCUUCGGUGAUACUGGCAUUGGUUUUUUUUCCAGCACUUCUGCCAUGAUCCUACUUUUUUGCCUAGUCACAGAUUCCCCUCCUUUCCUGCAGAAUGCCUAAAUCCUACCCUAAAUAUCUCUGAUUUUUAAAAUUUCAGCAGUAAGCCAGACUCGUCCAAAUACGAGAGAAGAGAAACUUGACAUGGGGAAAAACACCAUGAAACUUCUCUGUGCUUCAAUUUCGCUUACCRUGAUUUGCUGGCUAGCUGAAGGUACCCUGUCAAAAACAGAUGCAAAGAAAGGUGCUACAAAAAAACUGGAGGAAAAGGUGSUGCAUUCUGAUAAAACUGUACAGGACCGGGGUUUGGUAGCUGUGGAUCCAAAAGCAAAGGAUAUUAUACUGGAACAUAAAAGUUAUUGCUCCAAGAAGAUCAAGGAAAAACAUUUCUCAGGAGAUGUUCUGGGAUAUAUUACUCCUUGGAAUAACCACGGCUAUGACAUUGCUAAAAUAUUUGGAAACAAAUUUACACUAAUCUCACCAGUUUGGUUGCAAGUGAGAAGGAGGGGAAAGGAACGGUUCCAGUUCACUGGGCUCCAUGAUGCUGAUCAAGGCUGGAUGAAAGAUGUCAGAAAAACCUCCAAGAACAUCAAAAUAGUGCCUCGAAUUUUGUUUGAUGGCUGGACUUACCAAGACUUUGACAGUGUUUUUGGCAGUGAAGAUGAGAUAGAGGAGCUUUCCAAGAACAUGGUUCUGCUAGCCAAGAAUGAAAAUUUUGAUGGUUUUGUAGUUGAAGUUUGGAGUCAGCUGGGAAAUCAAAAGCAAACGGAGUUGAUUCACUUGCUCACUCACCUUUCUGAAGCUCUUCAUGAAGCACAACUUAAACUUAUACUGGUCAUCCCUCCUGCAGUUGCAGCAGGGACGAAUCAGCCGGGAAUGUUCACAAAGAAAGAAUUUGAUCAGUUGGCCUCAGCAAUAGACAGCUUCAGCCUCAUGACAUACGACUAUUCAGCACCGCAUCGACCUGGUCCAAAUUCCCCCCUUCCCUGGGUACGAGCUUGUGUUGAAGUACUGGAUCCUGAUUCGARAUGGAGGAAUAAAAUACUUCUAGGACUGAAUUUCUAUGGCAUGGACUUUUCUGCUUUGGGAGCCUCUGGGGAGCCAAUCCUUGGUAGCAGGUAUAUUGAAACCUUGAAGGAACACAAGCCAAAAAUUGUCUGGGAUGAGCAAAUUGCUGAGCACUACUUUGAAUACAAAAAAAAUAAAGGAGGAAAACAUGCAGUCUUCUACCCAACACUGAAGUCCAUCCAGUUGCGCUUGGAGCUUGCAAAAGAAUUGGGCACUGGAAUAUCCAUCUGGGAACUGGGACAAGGCCUGGACUAUUUUUAUGACCUGUUUUAAAAUAAGAGAUGAUCUGAGAAAGACUUUAUUUGCUUCACUGAGGCUCCACCUUCAAUUAAUCUGGGUAUCCUGGAGAGGUGAUUUUUAAAACAUUUUUUGUAAUUUAUAUCGUAUCUGUAUUAAACUUUCAUUUUUUUCCCAAUAAAGAAUCAUYUUUGAUUUGCCACACA